AUGAAUUCCUAUCUAUCUAUCUAUCUAUCUAUCUAUCUAUCUAUCUACUUCACAAUUACUACCUCGCUAUCUACCUCAAUCAAACAAUCCCUAUCACCCUCUCUUUGUCAAUCUAUCUCACUCAAGGAAUUUCAAUAUCUCUAUCUAUUUAUAACAGUGAAUCAAUUCCUAUCUAUUUAUCUAUCUUUCUAUUUAUCUCAUUCAAUAAAUUCCUAUCCUCCAAAUAUCUAUACCAGUGAAUCAAUUUCUAUCUAUCUAUAUAUCUAUCUAUCUAUCUAUCUAUCUAUCUAUCUAUCUGUUUGUCUAACGUUUGUUUUUCCUUCCAUCCUUUCUUUUUCUUUUUUUUUCUUUCUGUUAUCCCGUCGUCUUUUUUUUCACUUACCUUUCUUUAUUUCUUACUUCUUUGUAGCUAUGUUUUUGUCACCUCCUUUUCUAAACCACUUUUUCUUCUGGGUUUUUUCUUUAAUUUCUUCUUACUUUACCUAUAUUUCUCUUCAUUUUUUUCAUUCUUUGGCUUUUUUCUUUCGUUCUUUUUUAUUUAUUUUCUUUUCAAAGACAGUUUUCUCUUUCAAUUAUCGACUCGACUUAUUUUUCAUUGCUAUUCUUUACGCAUAUAUCUCUUCAUUUUUUCUUUUUCUUUCUUUCUUCAUUCUGCCUUUCUUUCUUUCUUUCUUUCUUUCCUUUCUUUCGUUCUUUCUUUUUCUUUCUUUUCUUCUUUUCGUUCAUUCUGCUUUCUUUCAUUCAUUCUUUUCUUUUUUCUUUCUUUCUUUUUUUCUUUCGUUCAUUUUUCUUUUUCUUUCUUUCUUUCUUUCUUUUCAUUCUGCUUUCUUUCUUUUUUCGUUCAUUCUGCCUUUUUUUUCUGUCUUUCUUUUUUCAUUCUGCCUUUCUUUCUGUUUCUUUCUUUCUGCCUUUCUUUCAUUCUUUCUUUCUUCUUUCUUUCUUUCUUUCUUUCUUUCUUUCUUUCUUUCUUUCGUUCAUUCUGCCUUUCUUUCUUUCUUUCUUUCUUUCUUUCUUUCGUUCAUUCUGCCUUUCUUUCUUUCUUUCUUUUCUUUCUUUCUUUCAUUCUUUCUUUCUUUCUGCCUUUCUUUCUUUUUUCUUUUUCUGUCUUUCUUUUUCUUUUCUUUCUGUUUCUUUCUUUUUCGUUCAUUCUGCCUUUCCUUUCUUUCUUUCUUUCUUUUUUCAUUCAUUCUGCCUUUUUUUCUUUCUUUCUGUCUUUCUUUCUUCAUUCUGCUUUCUUUCAUUCUUUCUUUUUUCAGUUCAUUCUGCCUUUCUUUCUUUCUUUCUUUCUUUCUGUCUUUCUUUCGUUCAUUCUGCCUUUCUUUCAUUCUUUCUUUCUUUCUGUCUUUCUUUCGUUCAUUCUUUCUUUCUUUCUUUCUUUCUUUCGUUCAUUCUGCCUUUCUUUCUUUCUUUCUUUCUUUCUUUCGUUCAUUCUGCCUUUCUUUCAUUCUUUCUUUCGUUCAUUUCUUUCUUUCUUUUUUUUUUCUUUCUUUCUUUCGUUCAUUCUUUUCUUUUUUCUUUCUUUCUUUCUUUCUUUUCGUUCAUUCUGCCUUUCUUUCUUUCUUUUCUUUCUUUCAUUCAUUCCUUUUCUUUCAUUCUUUCUGUCUUUCUUUCGUUCAUUUCAUUCUUUUCUGUCUUUCUUUCUUUUCAUUUCUUCUUUCCUUUCUUUCUGUCUUUCUUUCGUUCAUUCUGCCUUUCUUUCUUUCUUUCUUUCUUUCUUUCGUUCAUUCUGCCUUUCUUUCAUUCUUUCUUUCUGUCUUUCUUUCGUUCAUUCUGCCUUUUUUUCCUUUUUUAUUUCUUUCUGUCUUUCUUUCGUUCAUUCUGUCUUUCUUUCUGUCUUUCUUUCAUUCUUUCUUUCUUUCUGUCUUUCUUUCGUUCAUUCUGCCUUUCUUUCUUUCUUUCUUUCUUUCUUUCUUUCGUUCAUUCUGUCUUUCUUUCUGCCUUUCUUUCUUUCUUUCUUUCUUUCUGUCUUUCUUUCGUUCAUUCUGCCUUUCUUUCUUUCUUUCUUUCUUUCGUUCAUUCUGCCUUUCUUUCGUUCUUUCUUUCUUUCUUUCUUUUUCUUUCUUUUUUCUCUUUCUUUCUUUCUUUCUUUCUUUCUUUCUUUCGUUCAUUCUUUCUUUCUUUCUUCUGUUUAUUUCUUUUUUCUUUUUCAAAACAUUCGCCUUUCUUUCUUAUUUAUUUAUUUUCUUUUCCAAAACAUCGACUCAAUUUUUUCUAUCAUUGCAUUUUUUUUUGGGGGGGGGUAUUUCUCUUCAUUUUUCAUCAAUUGUUUAUUUUUUCUUUCCUUUCUUCAUCCUUGCUUUCUUUCAUCGUCUUGCAAUUUAUUUCAUUUUCAAGGACAUUUUUCUAUUUUUAUUCCCGACUGAUUCUUCAUUUCUUAUUUCAUUUCGCUUAUUUUCUUUUUAUCUUUAA